AUGAACCGCAGCACAGGGCCCAUCUCAAGCGGCAUCGCCACCCUUAGCAGUUUAAUCUCGUUCCUCCCUCCACUACCCUAUGCUUCCCACAGCGACGUGAGCAUGAACCGCAGCACAGGGCCCAUCUCAAGCGGCAUCGCCACCCUUAGCAGUUUAAUCUCGUUCCUCCCUCCACUACCCUAUGCUUCCUACAGCGACGUGAGCAUGAACCGCAGCACAGGGCCCAUCUCAAGCGGCAUCGCCACCUGGACCACUCUUCCCACCUGGACCACUCUUCCCACCUGGACCACUCUUCCCACCUGGACCACUCUUCCCACCUGGACCACUCUUCCCACCUGGACCACUCUUCCCAUGUGUGCACCGAACGAUGUGAGCAUGAAUCGCAUCACGGGGCAAAUACCACCGGGCAUCGCCACCCUCAGCAACCUCACAUCGCUUUCCGUCUCCCACAACCAGAUGACUGGCGCGCUGCUGCCAGGGCUUGGCUACCUGCGGCAGCUGAGAACACUGGACCUGGGUGGGAACAAGUUUCAGGGACCCAUGCCUGCACGAUGGGGUAAUCUCAAGAAGCUCAAGACGCUCAAUCUGCAGAAGCUGAGUCUGGGAGGGGCGGUGCCGGCAGCAUGGGCGGGCAUGGCAUCUCUCAAGUAUUUCGUGGCACCAACUGCUCGUAUGCGCGGCCGCUUCCCCUCUGUGCUGCUCAAGCUGCCCCGCAUCUCAGACAUCAUUCUGUACAACAACCUUCUGUGGGGGACACUACCCCCUGCUGCCCAGCUCUUCGCUCCCAAGACACUCACGCACCUGUGA